UUUUUAUUGGGCUUGUUUAGCAUUGGUCACACACAGCCCCUCACCAUGAACAGUGUUGCAGCUGCCCUCCUUGUCUGGAUUCUGACUUCUCCCAGCAGUGACAGAGGGGACGCUUGGCCCACUCACAUGGCCUGCAGCAGUGGGGGUUUGGAAGUCCUCUACCAGAGUUGCGAUCCCUUACAGGAUUUUGGCCUUUCCAUUGACCAGUGUUCCAAGCAGAUCCCACAACAACUCAACAUUAGAUUUGGCAUCAUUCUGAGGGAGGACAUCAGAGAGCUGUUUCUGGAUAUAGCUCUUAUCUCAAGAGGCUCUUCUAUUCUGAACUUCUCCUACCCCAUCUGUGAGGAAGACCUGCCCAAAUUCUCUUUCUGUGGAAGAAGAAAAGGAGAGCAGAUCUACUAUGCUGGCCCUGUCAAUAAUCUUGGAUUUGAUGUUCCCCAGGGUGAAUACCAGGUUUUGUUGGAACUGUACAAUGAAAACCGUGCUACUGUGGCUUGUGCCAAUGCUACUGUCAUCUCCUUCUGA